AUGAGCGCCUCGAAGGUGCUUAUCCUGCCAGAGCUCGUCAGCCUCAUCGUUGAGCAUGCCAAGUAUGAGACACGUUGCCAGCUCCUCACGGUCUCGCGGCUUUUUCAAGUCGCUGUCGAGCGGUAUGCGUGGCGUUCCUAUACCUUUAGGACAGCAAGUAGUAUCGAAGAAUUUCUAGGCAAAUACCAUGGCCAUCGCAGCCGCUACCUCCGAUCUAUAGAUAUCCAUAUCGACUUUCCUACUCAGAUACCCGCAGCUGGGAGCAAAACAAUUCCAUGCCGUGAGAUAGCUGAAGAUAUCCAGUCAUAUAAUGAACUCUUUACUCGUCGGAUUUCAGCUUUGUUUACUAUGCUCAAGACCCUAGAGGAACGAGAGCUCCCAUAUAAUCAACCAAGGAAUAUUCGCUUACGCCUCUGGGGCCCCCACCACUAUCAUGCUGAUAAUAAUCACUGUGAACACCGUCAGUAUCUUAGCUGGCGCCUCUGCCUACUCACGCAUGAGCAUCUGCCUAUUCUCUUAUCAAUUACAUGCCUUGAAAUUGGCAAACGUGGGUCCGGUAAAGGUGAAACAAGGGUUGGUAUAGCUGCCACAUCCCAGCCUUUAGAUUAUGGUGUUAUACCCGCCCUGAUUUCUAAGUUCCCUAAUCUGGAUACUUUGGAUUGUCCAUUGCUUUAUGAAGAUUGGCCAGAAUUCUAUGAAGCGCCUGUUCUCACACACUUCACCCGGCCAUGGGAAGGGCCUCGGCGCGACUCAAGACACGCUUUUGGUAAUUUGAUGCAGAAGACUACCUUACCGUUAAAGAUUAAACGUGUUAUAAUAGUCUUUUGUCAAAGUUAUGCCUCACGAUACCAGAAUGAAAACCUCCCUAUACCUAACUUAAUUAGCCCACUAUCCUAUGAUCUAUUUAGCUUGGGUCUUCGCAUUCUCUCACAGCAUGUGGUUAAUCUAAGUAUCCGUGCAUGUAUUAACCAAAGUCUCUUCUGGCCAUCACCUAGUGAAGAUAAUACCCCUAGUGAAGAUAAUACCGAGCCACCAUUUUGGCCGUAUUUGAAAAAACUACAUGUUGAAUUUCAGCCCUUGUCACCUUCUGGCACAUGGUACUUCCAAGGCCCACGGGGGGAAGGCCAGAAUCCAGAAACAUUUGAAGUUACCGAAGCCCACUAUCCUCCGGUUAAGGAAAACUCCCAGGAUAAGUAUUGGGACGAAGUUUGGAGAACACAGGCCGUCUACUGGGAGAAUAUGAAAUCUAACAUGUUUCGAAUCUCACCUAUCGACAAAGCUAUAGAACCAUUAUUAGAGGCGUUUAUUAAGGCACUAGGGAAGAUGCCACUACUAGAGGAGGUUGAGCUAUUUACAUACUUACAAUUUUCGCCUUGUGAAGAGAUAGAGGAGAAUUAUAAUGAAGAUGAUUGGGAUAGGGAAUAUAUGUGGGGACUAAGGUAUCUUCUUCCGAAAGAUGGCGGGCGCCCCCUUCUUGAGUGGCACGUUGGAAAUUGGCGCCCAAGCCAAAAGCUUCUGCAGAGCUUUCAUGAUAUUGCGACACAGCGGAGUGGGAGCCAGUUAGACGAGAGAUGGAUGGAUUGGAAGCCGUGUUUGGCUGUCUGCUCUAAAUCUCUCUCCUCCAUACUCUAUGCAUCGGAAUAA